AUGGAUGAGGACGGGAGUAGGGGCAGUCUGGAUGGGCCAAGCGGGGAGGGAAGUGUACCUCCGCCCGCCAUCGCUUCAGGCUCGACCACUGCCCAGAUGAACAACUCGACCUCGAUCGCGAAUCCCAACCUCGGCACUUCUUCCACUGAGCUCACCCGUCUCAAACCUUCCCUCAAACCCUUGGAAAACGAACCUCCACUAGCUAUCCUCCGCGUCCGGGUCCUUCGUGCAACUUCCCUCACCUCGAGGGACCGUAACGGCCUUUCCGAUCCCUACCUCGUCCUUUCCCUCCCGCCAACCCCGAACAGACAGACACCUAGCGUGAAGAAAUCCCUGAAUCCGUCUUGGGAGGGUGAAAAGGAACGUGAGAAAUCCACCUUUGAUUUCCCCCUCUACGAAUCGUUGGGAAAGGGAGCUGGGGUAUACGAGGGCAGAGGAGUGGAGGUGGUUGUGUGGGAUAGGGAUUUCGGAGGGGUGAGGAAGGAUUAUAUGGGAGAGGUUUGUGUCAGAUUGGGAGAGUGGGAAGAGGGCGGAUUGGUUUGGAAGGAGAAUAUGCAGUCGACCGCACACGACCUCCAUUCGACGAGACGGAGGGGGAAGCGGGAAGUACGAGUCUCGGGUACGGUCCAUUUGCAACUCGGGAUUCUGCCACCACCCGGCGAGACGAUCGUCGGCUUGACAGAGGAAUGGGCGAAAGAGGUCAUCGGGAAGCUAUCUAGGCGGUCUAGGGGCGAGGACGAUGUCGAGUUGAAACGGCUGAAAGAUAGUUUGUUGGCAGCGCCGGCGUACGAAGGCGUGGGUACGGUCAAGAUGCGACCGAGACGUCGGAAACGCGCCAUUCCGAAGAACGCCUUGCAAUCGGCUGCGCGGACCUUGUUUCACCGUAAAGACCGUCGUGGGCGCAAUGACGGCGAGGGCGCAGAGACACCUACGCUUAGCGACGAUCCGGACGAGGCGAGCGAUUCCGAAGCGUCGUCUACCGGGUCAGACGAAGAAGUUCUGAGGGACGAUGGGUUGAGCGAUAGUGCGAGCGAGCUGGAUCACGGGGACACGAUCGAGGAGCACGAGACGGCGCAGUUUUCAAGCAGUCCCGAUCUUGGGUUGACGAGGAUCCAGACCGAUCCCGCCGCGAAUGCGCCUGUCAUCGUCGAGGUCCCGCCGACCGCUGCCAAGGAGGUCGCACCCGGUUACUUUGACAAGAUGCUACCCCGGACCGCUAUUGGGGUGUCCAAAUUGAACAAGCGACGGGCCAGCAAGGACACCCUGACCGCGGCGCACAACCAAUACCAAAGCACAUAUUCGGAAAAGAGUACCGGGUCGGGUCUGUUGACGCCAAGCUCGAGCGUGCCGCCUGAAGGGAAGAGGUUCAAGAAGAGGUUCCGAGGGGUCAGGCGCAAGGAUACUAGCGGGACCGAGUACAACCUUGGCGCGGGCAAGGAUAUCUUGGGGAUCGUCAUGCUGGAGAUUUCAGGGGCGAAAGAUCUGCCCAAGUUACGCAAUUCGCUCAAGUUUACUUUCGACAUGGACCCCUUUGUGGUCAUCAGUUUCGGAAAGAAGGUCUUUAGAACCCGAGUCAUUCGUCACGAACUCAACCCUACCUGGGACGAAAAGAUGUUAUUCCAUGUUCGUCGGUACGAGGACAACUACAACAUCCAAUUUGCGCUUCUCGAUUGGGACAAGGUAUCAGGUAACGAUUUCAUCGGCUCAAGCACUAUUCCUCUGCAAGACUUGAUCAAGGACGCGCCUCGACCCGACGAAGAGACGGGUUUGUAUGGCUCUCGGGUUGAUGGGAAGCACGAGAUGAGAGAGUUUGCCCUUCCCAUCGCUACACCCAAGGAGUCUGGGUGGGAAAGCCGACACUCCCCCGUCUUGCAUGUGAGAGCGAAAUACGAACCGUAUGAUGCCCUUCGUCAGCGUUUCUGGCGACAAUACCUGCUACAAUUCGAUUCCGACAAUACCGGCUCGAUCUCCUUCACCGAACUGACCACCAUGCUGGACUCGCUCAACUCGACCUUGACCAAUUCAACGCUCGAGGGCUAUUUCACACGUUUCGGCAAGAACCCCGAGCAGGACGAACUCAGCUUCGACGAAAUCAUUCGAUGUCUUGAAGACGAGAUUAAAAAGUCCGCGACUGAGAAGAAGCACCUUCGAUCGGAGCCGCCUUCUGGAGCUACUUCUCCCUCUGCCUAUCCUUCCAUGGCACCGUACCCUGCGAGCGAUGGUCUUGAUGAAUCUGGACCUUCCGCGAGAGCUCCAUCUGGCGUAGAUGCCGACGAACUAGCCGCCCAUAUCAAGGCCAGCCGACCGACCUGCGAUAACGACGACAGCCCGAACGGAGACGUCAACGUCAAGCCGAUCCAGGUCGAACAAUCCGGGGGUAUUGAUGCAGGGCAGCACCUUCAAGCCCAUGACGCCUUGUCCUCAGGCUCUACUCCUGACGUCUCUGACUCGGAAUCUGACAUCGGCGUUCGCGGCGAGACGGAGAGGGUCGUCAACAUAAAGUCGUGCCCCCUAUGUCACCGACCUAGACUCAAGAAGAAGUCGGAGGCGGACAUCUUGACUCAUCUUGCCGUCUGUGCUUCGGCCGACUGGGACCGCGUCGAUCGCAUCGUUGUUGGAAACUAUGUGACGGCGUCCCAAGCGCAGCGCAAGUUCUUCUCCAAAGUCCUGACCAAAGUCUCGGCCGGAGCCUACUCGCUUGGCGCCAAUUCGGCCAACAUUAUCGUGCAGGAUCGAUUGACGGGCCAGUUGCAAGAAGAAAAGAUGGCCGUCUACGUUAGGAUCGGGAUUCGAGUGCUUUACAAAGGCGCCAAGAAGGGUAUGCAGGGAGAUCGAGCACAACGGCUUUUGCGAUCUAUGAGCAUUAAGCAGGGGCUCAAGUACAACUCUCCCGAAUCCAAAGCGGACAUUCCGACCUUUGUCGCCUAUCAUAAGCUCAAUGUUGAUGAAAUCAAAGAGCCUCUCGAUUCCUUCAAAACCUUCAACGAAUUCUUCUACCGACGGCUGAAGGCUGAUGCAAGGCCGAUCACAAACCCCCAGGAUCCAUCUACGCUCGUAUCAUGCGCAGAUUGCCGGAUGAUGGCCUUCGAGAGCGUUAACGAAGCCACUAGAUUGUGGAUCAAGGGGAAAGAAUUCAGUGUGGGGCGCUUGCUUGGAGACAGCUAUAAAGGCGAUUGGCAGAAGUACGAAGGGGGAGCACUGGGAAUCUUCCGGUUAGAAUUCCCGCUGAUAUUAAAUGUUUUGCCAGAUUACCAUCGAUAUCAUAGUCCCGUCGACGGAAUCAUAGGCAAACCAACUCGGAUCGAGGGUCAGUACUACACUGUCAAUCCUCAAGCGAUUCGUACGACAUUGGACGUCUAUGGCGAGAACGUUCGAGAGGUGUGGCCUAUCCAUUCCCCUCAAUUUGGAACUGUGAUGACGGUCUGGAUCGGCGCGAUGAUGGUUGGCAGUAUCGGCGCCACCGUCAAGGAAGGGGACCAUGUCAAGCGUGGAGACGAGUUGGGAUGGUUCGCUUUUGGCGGCUCCACCAUUGUCUGUCUAUUUGAAAAGGGCAAGCUGCGAUGGGACGAGGACAUUCUGGACAACUCUUCCCAAGCUAUCGAAACGCUAGUCAGGAUGGGUAUGGGUGUCGGCAAGGCGGUUGGUGACGAUAUGUGA